AUGAAUGUGGGAAUCUUUAACAGAGUCAACAGCAAAAUCAAGGAGGGUGACGGAAUGUAUUCAGAAUGGAACUCUCUACCACUGGAGGGUGGUGGACGUGGAGUGCUCGGUGCAGUGGGUGGCCGAGAUGUGGUCUUAGCAGUUGUGAGGCAACUUGCCUCUCAUCAACCUAGCCCACUUACUACUGAUGCUGAGGUUGAGUGGGUCCUGGAAGUGAUUCGUUAUGGACUCUCACUGCCUCUCUCUGAGCAUGAAGCUCUUAGAGAUUGUGUUCGUGUGUGCUGCUCAUGGCUCUCAGCUUUGCUGCCUCCCGCUGCUCCAGCACAGCCACCCCCUCCUGCCGUGCCCCCACCCUUAGCUGCAGAACCACAUCGAUAUGCCAAUAAAAUUCUCAACCACCUCCAUAAUUUGUUUGUGCCACGGCCAAAUGAAACUCUCACAUUUAUUUAUCAAACGGAAUUAGGCGGAAAUCUCAUAAGCAAACAGGCCGUACUUUGCCACCGGGUUCUUCGUCUAGCACGUUCGUUAGCCGACAGUGCAUCCCUUGGGCCACGAGAGUGGCGCUCUCUAUUGCUACUAUUGUUAGCCGCUGCAGCAGCACUGUUAGCGCCCCCUGCGCCGCUCUAUGGCGCCGCCGAGCAGCUCUGCGAACGAGUCCUCUGUGUGCUCUUCGAAGUGUGGAUACUAGCUUGCCACAGAUGCUUCCCGUCGCCGGCGCUGUGGCGCACCCUGCGCGAGCAGUGCGUGCGCUGGCGCCACCGCGCGCCGCUCACCGAGCAGUGGGCGCGCGUGUCGCUGUGCCUCACGGCGCGCCUGCUGGCGCACAUGUACGGCCCGCUCUACCCCGCCAUGCCCAUCGGUGAAGAGGAUGCGAAUUUAGUCCCAGCGGACAUGAGCGCUGAGGCGGUGAUGCAGAGCUGGUACCGCAUGCUGCACACCAUUGGUAACCCUGUUGACCUCACCAAACCACACCUCAUUAGUCAAACGCCCGAAUUCCUACAGUACUGGAUGACGGCGGAGGAGGGGCGAGAGGGUCGGGAAGGGCGGGAGGCGUGGGUGGGAGCGCUCGCGCACAUCUUCCACCGCGCGAUGCUGGGUGUGGCUGCCCAUGUUGAUGCCUUCCUCGGGCGCAGCACGGCGCGCUGGUGCGUGGAGAGCGCGGGCGCGGGGGCGGGCGCGGGGGCGGGCGCGGGCGCGGGGGACGAGGGGGAGGUCACGCCGCCGGCGCACCGCCGCCUCGCCAAGUCCUUCAGCGCGGCGCGCCCGCGGGACAAGCCCAGCGAGAAAAGUACACCCCGGUCAUCCUUGAUUGGUUUGACAAGCAGUCGACCUUCUAGCGUCGUUCCGGCCACUCCGCCGAAUUCUAUCAGUUCACAAGUUGGCGAUACAGAGAAACCACCCUUGACGCCAUUGCGGCCAAAAGUAAAUUCUAUUUUCCAUCUUUUCGGCGAAUGGCUUUUCGAGGCUGCCCUCGUAGGGACGACACCGACCAAUAGUAACCAACAAAAAGCCGAAGGGACUCCUCCUCCGCCAUCGCUGUCAGACGCGACUCAAAAAUUGAACAUGCUGAGCUAUCAAGCAGGGCGCGCCGUGGCGCUGGGCACGCUGUGCCGCGUGGUGUGCUCCAAGCAGUGCCGCGAGGAGGUGCUGGCGCCGUACCUGGCGCGCACGUACGCGGCGCUGCAGCGCGGCCUGCGCGACCCCGCCACCGCCGCCGCCGUCGUGCUGGACGCGCCCGACAUCUUCCGGCUUGAUUUAGACGGCGUACUGGUUCUAGUACCAGACUUCAUAUCGGCACUAGAUCGUAUCCUGUCCGAGCGGGAACCAAAACUGGAAUGUGGUACGAUCGACAAGCGCGAGCUGCGUAAAGCUGCUAUCAGUCUCCUGUUGUCUCUGGUAGCGUUUCCGUACCACUACAAGGGCUUACCCGUGCCGGAAUUCCCCGGAUGCAAUGAGUAUGCGGGCACGACGCUGGGCGAGUACGCGCGCGGGCGGCUGGCGCUCAUCAGCGUGGCGGCCGUGCAGGCGGAGGGCUCGGAGGCGCUGGCCGUGCCGCUGCUGAGCGCGCUCUACCUGUGCGUGCGCCACAACGCGGGCCGCGCCGACCGCGCGCCCGACGCGAAAGCGCGGUCGGAUAGCAGUGUACCGGCUAGCGCGGACAGCUCGCAAGACGACUUCGCAGCAGAUGUUAGGGAGCUAGACCCAUCUUCGCCUCUUUUCGGAUCAGCGUUAGUUGUUCGUGCGACGUACUUAGUGUGUCACCGCCUCAUCUCCUCGUGGAAGGGUGACUUGCAAGUGUCUCUGGCUGCACUGGAACUACUCUCUGGACUUGCUAAGUUGCACUCUUCGAAACCAGAAUUUAUGAUAGAGGCGAUGGAGCGCAAGCGCGCCGUGCGCUGGGUGUGCGACUACAUCGGCGUGCAGUGCGGGCGGCCGCCGCAGGCGCACUCGCGCGACCUGCACUCGUGCGUCGUGGCCGCCUACACGUGCCUGGCCGCCUGGCUGUGCGCGCCGCUGCUGGCCGACCCCGACUGCCUGGCGGCGCUGCUCGAGGUCGUCGAGCUGGGCAUCUCCGGCUCCAAGAGCCACGGUAAGCCCGGAGAGCCACCUAAGAUGAAGGACGAGAAGGAACUGAAGCCCGUAUCGAUGAGGGUUAGGGACGCGGCCGAGGCGUUGUUGAUGCUUAUUUUGGAACAGGUUGGCAACAACGACGGUGGUAAAUGGUGUAGAUUGGACGAACGUUGGUUAGCUGCCUUGGGUCAUGGGAAGUUAAGACAUUUUGUUGUCGAUGGAAACACAAUCCUUUCGCUUUUGGAAGAACCUCUUGCUAAUAGUCAAGAACCACAGCCGACGAUCGUUGCGAUAAUCCGCUGCGGUUGGGGUCGCUUCGCCUGGUCGCUAAGCAGCCGCGGCGCUCCCCGCUGUGCCACCCGCGGCGCCGCGGCCUGCGCCAGACCGGUGCCUAUGUUGGAGCCUCCGCCCCGCGCGCCGCCCGCCUGUCGCCCGUUACCCGCUGCCCCGCCUUGCGCUGUCGAUGCAGCGUUUCCAACACUCGACGCCGUGCUACGACAGCUGAACGACUCAGAAGCUCCCACGCUCUUUAAACUCUUGGAGCAACAGGCAGCAAUCGAGAAGAAAGUACGGGAGAGCGAGGAUAAUGUUGUACCGGAAGAAUACGUUCCGCCUGAUCCAGUGACAGAGUUCCAAACCGCGAGACUGUUCUUAUCGCACUUCGGGUAUUUGAACAUUGGCGGAGAUAAGAAGGGCGGCGCCGGGCGCCUGGUGGCGCUGGACGGCGGCGCGGCGGGGCUGGCGGGCGCGCUGCGGCGGCUGGACGCCACGGGCAGCCGCGCCGCGCUCACCGUGCACGUGUUCUACGCGCGCACCGCGCAGCGCCGCGCCGCCGACAUCGUGGCCAACGCGCGCGACCCCGCCGCCGUGGCGCCCGCCUUCGUGCGCAUGCUGCGCGGGCUGGGCACGCCGGUGCGCGUGUCCGGGCACGCGGGCUGGAGCGGCCACGUGCGCAGCAGCUACGACGCGCCGGGGGCCGCGCCGCGCGCCGACCGCGCCGACGCGCCCGUCGCGCCCGACGCGCCCGCGCGGUACGACGGCCGGGACCAGGUCCUGUACUGGUCAGACUCGACCGAAGAGAUUGCAUUUGUGGUACCAUCGGGAUACGAGCUAGACGAAACCGAAGAUCAGAGUGAGAGCAAAUCAGACGUUGAUGGUUCAUGCUUCUCGAACAACCGCGGCUCGUGGUGGGACGUGUCGUGCGAGGGCGAGCGCAAGGGGCGCGCGCUGUCGCUGGAGCUGGAGCGCGCCGCGCCCGCCGCGCACCCGCCGCUCUCGGGGAGUGGAAGAAGAAACAGAGAUUUUACACCAAAAAUUCUUAUAAUUUGGUUAGAAGACUUCGAGGAUCAUCUUAAUUUGCCGAUCGACGAUCUAGUCCGGUACUGCGAAACGGGCGUGCCGUGGCGGCGGCACGAGACGAGCGCCCUGUGUGUGAGCAGCGCGCGCGGCGGGCUGGCUCGCGUGCGCGUCCCGGGCGGCGGGGCGGGCGUGCUGGCCGAUGGCGCGCUCAUAGCGCCACGCCUACUGCCCGCCGCGCUGCGACGCGCCGCCUCCUUCCUAGCGAGACGCGCGCGCCUCAACACGGACCUAUAUCAGCCGCCGCACGUGCGACGUCGUCACCUCAUACAGGACAUAGCGCAACAAUUUAAAAAGGAUUUGACCGAACCGGAACUUUUAGAGUCGUUAUUCAAGGCGCCGUAAAUUACUUAUUACCGUUAAGUUAUGUGUUCUUAUAUGGCUAUGAUGUAUGUAUUUCUUGUUUGCGAGUACAGUCCCUAAAAUUAAAAUUUAACAAUUUGAUACAGAAGUGCUAAAGUAUUUAAGUAAUAAAAGACACAAGAAGUUGAUUAAUGUUGCUUACUAGGAUUUGAUGCACAAAACACCGCGUGCCAAACAUGAUUUAUAUGGAUGUAAAAAACAAAAUAGACCAAACAACAAACAGACAGACAGAAAGACAAAAAUUGUUAAUAAAUGUUGUUUUGGUAUAUAUAAGUAUAUCGUGUAUACAUCCAUAUGAAUUUAGUAAAAAGCGGUUAUUUUAAUAU